CCUGAAAAUUGCUUCUGUCAUACAACCAGGAAGAAGGUGGGAUAGCCCUACGAAGCUAACAUCCCCAAUCUUUCUGCAUACUUUCACCGAAAAUAAUGGGGUGCUCCAGGUGGAAGGUGGCAGCGGCGAUGUUACUCGCAGUAGUAGGCUCCUUAUUACCUGUCGACGCAGAUGAACAUGACCACACGUACACAGAUAAAGAGGAGGUAGUUUUAUGGAUGAACACAGUGGGGCCUUACCACAAUAGGCAGGAGACAUACAAGUAUUUCUCUUUGCCCUUCUGUGCUGGCUCCAAGAAGACCAUCAGUCAUUAUCAUGAAACACUUGGAGAGGCUUUGCAGGGAGUGGAGCUGGAAUUUAGCGGCCUGGACAUUAAGUAUAAAGAGGAGGUUAUGCAGACAACGUACUGUGAAAUUGAUUUGGACAAAGCCAAACAGGAUGCCUUUGUUUAUGCCAUAAAGAAUCACUAUUGGUACCAAAUGUACAUAGAUGACCUGCCCAUCUGGGGUAUUGUUGGUGAGGCAGAUGAAAAUGGAGAUGAUCAUUACCUGUGGACAUAUAAGAAACUGGAGAUCGGCUUCAAUGGCAACAGAAUUGUUGAUGUAAAUCUAACCAGCGAAAGCAAAGUCAAACUCAUGCCCAACACAAAAAUUCCAAUGUUGUAUUCUGUGAAAUGGAAGAAGUCUGAUGUCAAGUUUGAAGACAGAUUCGACAAAUACCUCGAUCCAUCCUUCUUCCAGCACAGGAUUCAUUGGUUCUCUAUCUUCAACUCCUUUAUGAUGGUCAUUUUCUUGGUGGGUCUGGUGUCCAUGAUUCUUAUGAGAACACUAAGAAAGGAUUAUGCCAGAUACAGCAAGGAGGAAGAAAUGGACGACAUGGACAGAGACCUGGGAGAUGAAUAUGGGUGGAAGCAGGUUCAUGGAGACGUGUUCAGGCCCUCAAGCCAUCCUCUGAUCUUCUCUUCACUCAUUGGCUCUGGCUGCCAGAUCUUCUCCGUCUCCCUCAUUGUCAUCAUCGUCGCGAUGGUUGAGGAUCUUUACACAGAGAGAGGAUCUAUGUUGAGCACAGCCAUUUUUGUGUAUGCAGCAACUUCUCCUGUCAAUGGCUACUUUGGGGGAAGUUUGUAUGCAAAACAAGGAGGCAGGAGAUGGAUUAAACAAAUGUUCAUUGGGGCCUUUAUGAUCCCAGCCAUGGUGUGUGGGACAGCCUUCUUCAUCAACUUCAUCGCGAUCUACUACCACGCCUCCAGAGCCAUCCCAUUUGGCACUAUGGUUGCCGUCUGCUGCAUCUGCUUCUUCGUCAUUCUCCCAUUAAACCUUGUGGGAACAAUUUUGGGAAGGAAUCUAUCUGGGCAGCCAAACUUCCCCUGCCGAGUGAACGCUGUGCCCCGACCGAUCCCCGAGAAGAAAUGGUUCAUGGAGCCGGCGGUCAUCGUGUGUCUUGGAGGGAUCCUGCCAUUUGGUUCCAUUUUCAUUGAAAUGUACUUCAUCUUCACAUCUUUCUGGGCCUACAAAAUCUACUAUGUGUACGGCUUCAUGAUGCUGGUCCUGGUUAUCCUUUGCAUCGUGACUGUGUGUGUCACCAUCGUGUGCACAUACUUCCUGCUCAAUGCCGAAGACUACAGAUGGCAGUGGACAAGCUUCCUCUCUGCUGCAUCCACUGCUGUUUAUGUUUACAUGUACUCCUUUUACUACUAUUUCUUCAAAACUAAGAUGUACGGGCUGUUUCAGACGUCCUUCUACUUUGGCUACAUGGCUGUGUUCAGCACUGCACUAGGAAUCAUGUGUGGUGCUGUUGGAUACAUGGGAACAAGUGCCUUUGUGAGGAAGAUCUACACAAAUGUGAAAAUCGACUAAGAAGCGAAGCAGCAACACAGGGAUGUAAAUGGAGUUGCCUACAUGUGUACUGAAAGAUGGUGGGCACAAGUCAUUCUUUAUUACUUUUUCUUUCUUGCAAAGAGAUUGUGAGAAUCUCACUUUGUACAAUGUAGUUUUUUCCUUUUUUUUUCUCUCUCUCUCCAAAUGAAUUUUGACACCACAACUGAAAAGUGAACAAGAGGAAACGUGUGGAUGAGAUAUCAAAGGUUCUGUUUUUAUCUGUUGCUUUCAAACAAACCUUGGGGCGAAUGUUUAAGGCUGACUUCUAUUCCCCAACCCAGUCCCACCUGAGACCAGAGAACAUAAUGUAUAUUGACUGAGUGGCGUAGCUCUCUUCAGUGAAGAGGCCGAAGUGCGUGGAAAGCCUUUGUUCUGUUGUGUCAGAAUAUUGGAGAAGCUGGGUUAGUGUCCAAGUUCUGACUUGAUUUCUAUUUUGUAUUCUUGAAGUCACUCUAUCGUUACUACACAGUUCAGUAGUUUGUUCCCGUUUAUUUCUACCACAAAGCGAUUACAAAAAAACCCCCGUCAUCGCUCGAUAAUCAUUCCCCCAUCUUGAUGAUUCUUAAUUCCUUGUUAAGUAGCAGUCCAUCCACCCGAUGAGAUUUUAGUCCUGCUGUAGUUUACUGUACAGACGAGCAGAGGGACUGAUCAGCAGUUGAGGUACAGUAACAACUGAUUUUUAAAUGGAUGUUUGAUGUGAUCCCAUUUCCCAGUUUAGUCCUGUUUUCUUAAUGUUUGGGUUUGAAUGAAGUCUACUUGUAAAGAUAAUAUAUGGAUGGGGCGGGAGUGUAUAUAACCUUAAUAAUGUACCUUUAGAUGUAGAUCCCAAAUGUAUUUUCGUUGUACAGAUUUACUACAGGGUGUUUUUUUUUUUUUCUUUUUUUUUAAAUGAAUCUUUUAGUUUAAAACAAAUAUUUUUCUUUUGUUUGGUGCUUGGGGUGGGGCUGGUGGCGCUGUUACAUCUUGCCUGAAAUUGCAUGAAGGUUUUCACCAAAUCUGAUCAUCAAAUUCCACUGUAGUCAGUGGUCAGUUUUUUUUUCUCCCAUUUCUUGAACAUCUUGUCUCAAAAUGUAAAGCUACAUUUUGAUCAGCGUACACAGCUGGUUAAAGAUGCUUUUUUAUGUUUUCUGAUAUUAUUUAAAGCUUUAAAAGGCUCUACAUCUUCUGGUAAGCCAUUUCCUUCAUGUUCUGUUGCAUAACCUGAAACAUUGUUUGUGAAUGUCAGAAGGAACGAGGCAGCUGCUUUGUUUCUGCAAACAUACUGUACAAAGUGAACUUUAAGAACACCUAAACCUAGAUGUUUUCAUAACCACACACAGUACUGCAGUGUUUCAAAUGCUUUUUUCCCAUUUUGUGUAAAUACAGUAUGUACCCUACUUGUAUGAGACGUGGCAAUGCCUUUUUCUAAUUUCCAGUUCUCCCCCACUGAAGUUGAUUUUGGCACCUCAUGUUGUGUACCAAUAUCUGAGACAUUUUGAACCUGCAUAUUAACUUGCUGUAAAGAGAAAAUAAACAUGUUUAUGUA